AUUACAAUUCACAACUAACCGUCUCUCCGUUAAAACGCUUCCACUACACAAAACAAAAACAACAUCAAUAACAGUAUCUCCAUCUCACAAAAUCCACAACUUCGAAAUCGACUAUUUGCUCCUUCUUUCCUUUACUCUAGGGUUUCCUGCGCGCUUCAUUUUCUUUUAUUCCGUACAAGACUAAUCGUUUUCUAGGGUUCAGUACAGCUGAAGUUGAUAAUCAAAUGGAUUGGGGGAAUGUAACUGCAGAAGAUCUGAUCGACGCGCUUCGUGAAGUUGACUGGUCAAAUCCACCCCGUCCUCUCUCCGAAUUCUUCUCCAGAUUCACCUUCCCCCGAUCAUAUGCCAAAUGGAACAGCCGACUCAAAUGCAAUCUCUACUACUACCGAACAAACUACUUCAUCAUGAUUACUCUUAUUCUGGGAUUGGGUUUCCUUAGAAAGCCAUUUGCCAUUGUUGCUGCUUUUUUGACAGCGCUUAGCAUUGCAUUUCUGAAUGACAGCUUUGCAGGUACUUUUAGUGAGAAGGUAUCAAGAACUGUGAGACAAUUCUCUCCACAUCUAGCUGCAAAGAUGAGGCCUCCUCUUACACCUGUAAUUCGUGGACGUCCAUCAGCUAAAAGAACAAUCCACAUAUGUGGUCGGCCCCGUUGGGUGUUUGUCUUGCUAUUUUCUUCUGUGAGUUUCAUCCUUUGGUAUGUUUCCUGUGGUCUAUUGACUGUCCUAUGGGCACUUGCUAUUGGACUUCUUGCCACAAUCCUCCAUGCAAGUUUCAGAACACCUAACUUGAAAGCACGUUUAAAUACAUUCCGAGAGGAAUUCCGUGCGGUUUGGCGCAAUUAUAGCGAGCUGUAGCUGAUGUCAGCUCUAUAGGAAGGAUUGAGUUUUUCAUUGUGAAGCUUAUACAGCUUCUUGUUCUGGAUUGGGCUUUAAUUGCUGCUGCUGUUGCUAUAAAAUAAUUUCCUAUAGGAGGACUAGAUUUCUCAGGUAAAGCUGCCCAGUAUUUGCAGAUCCACCAGAGGGGUGUAAAUUGUCAGGGCCUUUUGUUUUUGUAAAGCAAACUGUUUUCAUUGUUUCCCUUGUUGGAAGAAGUUUUAGGGGAUGUUUUUUACUGCACCAAAAAAAGGAAAAAAGAAAAAAAAAAAGUGUAGUAUUUUCGGGCAAGUUCUUGUUAUUACACCUGCUAGUAGUCUAAAUCUUUAAUGCAGAGAUAUUUACUGAACCAUUCAUGACUUUUAUUAGUAUAUAGUGUAACCUUUCAUUCUCUUUCA